GUACUCAUGCAUGUGUCUAGGACUGCCAAUAUAUGUCGAUGGCAAAAUAUAGAGUCGACCAAUAUCUGUAAUAUCCGCAUCACCAUUCAUUGCAUCUCUUAAGUGAAUAUACUCUUCAGAUCGCAACUUCGACUGAUUGUAUUGUAAUUAAGUCGUUCUGUCUCAACUUUAACAUACUACAUGUCAACUGCAUACUGUUGAAAUAACCGUCCAUAUCUCAGUAAAUAGUUGUCAUAGUUUUGGCGAAUCAUCAUUCGAUAUGCGUAAAACUUCAUUGAACUGACUUUUUUAUUUGUCUCGACACCUAAAAGCUUAAAUUACCUAUAUGAAGUAGCAAACAAAAAUUUUUUUUUACUAACCAUUCACCGGAUUUAUCAUCUUAUAUCCUAAGUGAUAUCCGUCUUCUCUACGGCAGAACAUGAGCGGAUAUUGCAUUGCGUCGUAAGACCGAUGGGUCUCACUUAUCCGUUUUAGUGCGUUUUGAUUUCUACGUUUGAUAACAAUAUCACGCGACUGCAAAUUUUCUCCAACAACAACAACUGAUAUUUCGCUAACUGUAGGUGCAUUAUAUUGUCUUUCAUGUGUCCCUUUUGUUCUUUUGUCCGUUUGCAUGAUUUUACUAUGAUCAUCUGUUGGCAUACGUUCCAACGAAAUCGUAAACAGUUUAAUGAGGCCAUUGUGUUCGUGUAACAUUUGCUGCAAUUGUUCGAUUAUUUCUCUUUUCGUUGUAUUGAAGAUAGCACAACGCCGAUUUACUUCAUCAUGUGAAUCUCCCAGAAAGUAAAUUUGGAGAUAUUUGUGUUCUUGAUCUGGAUGCGGCAACAGCGAUCCAGCGAGAUGAAGCAUUUGCCCAUGAACGUGUAUAAUUGGAGGAAAGCUCUGUAGUAUCUGUCGAAUAUUGUUUGGCAAAAAUACCUUAAACUUUGGAUUGUAGUUUUGUUUGUUUACAAUUUCACCGCCAAACGACGUCAUUUGAAAACAAUCGUUGUACAUUUUAGUGUGCUUUAAGAAAUGGCUCGAGUGAGGAGAUUCACCGUAAAGCAGUUGGAACAAUGGCUAUGGUGGGGGAAGCAAUUUUGGCAACUUAACCUUUCCCCCCGCGCAACAUAACCCUGGCGGUUCAUUUUUAAAUUUGACUGCAUUGCAAUAUUGACAAACUACUUACAUCUGACCGAUUUGAACAGGGCCCCAUUGCACCAUUCACUUAGCACUUUUCACUUUGCAAAUUUUUGAAAAGAGUUUUUUUUGAAAAGUAAAGUUGAUGAGUGUUGCACUUUAAACUUAUCAAUAAGCUUUUCAACUUGUCGAAACUGACGAGCACUUUGGAUAAGUUGAUCUGAUAAGCGUUGCACCAAUAAUUUCUUUUGCUUUGCAAAUAGAGAAAACUUUUCCAAUGAUGUGCUAAGCGCUCUCAAAUUUUCGAUAAUAUUGCUCAGUUUCUCUUUAUUAUUUAGAGUGCUAUGUCGCGUACACAAAACAAAGCCAAUAAAUUGGCCGUUUUACAAGUUAUAAAGGGGAAAAAAGAUUCUUUAUUUGGAUCUUUUCAAAAUAAUGCAACUUGCAAAACGCAAAAGCAAGAUGGUUGGACUGAAGUUCUAAAGACGGCACAAUCCCUCGGACUAGCUGCUGCUAAUCGCGAAUGGACUUAUGCCAGAGAUAAUUUAUUUGGCCUUUGGAAGAGCCGAACUUUGGCGAAAAAAGAUAAUGCCAAGAGAACAGGCACUGCGGGUGGCAAAAACGUAUUGCUGGAUGAAGUCGACAACUACAUACGUGACAUUUUGGGCAAUGAGUCGACAGUUGUUCAGGGUCUCGGCCAACCCGAAAGCGAUGGAGUGUCCUCCAAUUUGGACAAUAUAUUGGAACAAAGCCAACCAGAAAGGACGAGACCAACCAACAGGAAAAGAACAUAUAAUUUACAAGAUAGACAUGAGGAGUUGAAGCUUGAACUCUUAGAAACCGAAAUUUACAAAAAUAAGCUAAAAAUUUUGUCAUUAGAACAAAAAUUAGGUUUGAAACGAUCAAAAUUCACAGCGGAUUUGGAGAAGGAGUCAAUGAAUUAAAAUGAUAAAACUCUCUCAUUAAGUCCGCUGCUGUCGUAUUAAUAAUAAUUUUUAGUAUAUACAUAUGUAUAUUAUUGAAUUAUUUGAUUUCAUUUUUUUCUUUUUAUUUUAUUUUUUUUUUUUCUGAAAACUUUAUAUUAAGAAGAAUUUAAGUUUAAAAUAUAUAUAUAUGUAAAUCCAAAUCCAAAUAAAAUAGCAAAUGUGUACAAAUUAAAGUUUCGUAACCUGUAAACUCAUGGGUAAGGCGUUAAUUUUUUUGUAAUAAGGUUUCUUAUAAAAGAAGAAAUUAUUAAUUAAACCAAUUUAGCAGACUUUGGAGCCUUUCAGAAUUGUUUAGUGACUCCGUGUUCUG